AUGUCCCAAACCGAUAUGAAAUUCUGUAGUAGCUAUUUUCUGGUCGAUCCGACCAAAGCAAGUAUUCUUGAUCUCCUUCUCCUUUUGUUUUUCCCCAACCUGACCAACACAGGAUUCAUAGAUUCUCCACCGGACACGCUCAAAAGCGUCCGGAGAACUUUCGCAACUCGAUGGAUCAUUGUGUUAGCCGUUUUGGUUCAAAAGAUAUUAAUGCUCUUAAGAAAACCCUUUGCAUCCAUAGGACGUUUUCUCACCUAUUGGCCUAAUCUUCUUACGGCAAAUGGAGGCUUCUUCAAGUUGAUACUUCAUGUUUUGACAGGAAAGUUGGUAAAGCCUGAGGAAUCGUCGGCGACAUAUGUGUCAUUUGUAGGAUGCACAGAUCGAAGAGUAGAGCUUGACAUGAACAUAAGUGUUGGUACCAUCGAGUACAAGUCGAUGUUGUCAAUAAUGGCUUCUAAGGUCUCUUAUGAGAACAAAUCUUUCAUCACUUCCGUAGUAAAGAACACUUGGAAGAUGGACUUCGUGAGUUACUACGACUUUUACAACGCGUUCCAAAAUAGAAACCUGACGCAAGCCUUCGUAUUCAAGGCAUCGAGUACAAAUCCAAAUCUUAUCGUCGUUAGCUUCAGAGGAACCGAGCCUUUCGACGUUGAUGAUUGGUGCACUGAUCUAGACAUCUCUUGGUACGAGUUGAAAAACGUUGGCAAAGUUCACGCAGGGUUCUCUAAAGCUCUAGGCCUCCAAAAAAAUGGAUGGCCCAAAGAAAUAAUACCUCUAGGACACCAAUAUGCGUACUACACAAUUAGACAGAAGCUUAGGGACAUGUUUGCAAAAAACAAGAACCUUAAGUUUAUUCUAACGGGUCACAGCCUUGGUGGGGCACUAGCCGCUCUUUUUCCGGCAGUACUGGCGAUUCACGGUGAGGAUGAGUUGCUAGAUAAACUAGAGGGAGUCUACACAUUUGGACAGCCACGCAUAGGGGAUGAGGUGUUUGGGGAGUUUAUGAAGGAAGUGGUGAGAAAGCAUGGAAUAGAGUAUGAGAGGUUUGUUUAUAACAACGAUAUUGUGCCUAGAAUACCCUUUGAUGACAAGGUUUUAUUCUCGUUCAAGCACUACGGAACUUGCAAUUACUUCAAUAGUCUCUACAAAGGAAAGGUAAGGGAAGAUGCACCAAAUGAAAAUUACUUCAACUUGCUGUGGCUAAUACCGAAGCUGUUAAAUGGUGCGUGGGAGUUCAUAAGGAGUUUCAUAAUACGGUUUUGGAAAGGCAGUGACUACAAAGAGAAUUGGAUUAUGAGGUCUAUUAGGGUUUUCGGAAUAAUAUUCCCUGGUGCCUCUAAUCAUCUGCCGUAUGAUUACGUCAACUCCACGCGCUUGGGAGGAUUGUCUCGAUCAUUUACUACUCCAGAGGAUAAACUUUCCCUUAUUGCUUAAAAGUUAAAACUCAAAGCUGUUGGAUAAGCUUGAAUAAGACUUGAGUUGCAAGUUUCCUAUUUAUGUUGUGUUUAUCUAUAAGAGAAUAGGAAAUAUCUAGUUGUGUUAAUCCUAAUGAGGUUAGGAUAAAUAAAGAGUUAUAUAAGGAGAUGCUGGUGUAUAGCAUAACUUAAUAAGUUUGUGAGUUUGAGGUUUUGAGAUAGUUUCCGCAAGAGUUAAUAAGAAGGGUUCUUAUUUGUG